UACACAGUUAACACAGUUACAUUUUUUCUGAUCAAAAAAAAGUGCCCGACGAAUGUGACAACAAACGCCCAUUAUAAAUUUACCACACGAGCGAUCUGUGGGCAAUCGAAUUUCACCAGCCGAAUUAUAUUGAAGUGGUUCUUGUCCUACAUCCCAAUUAAUGCGAUAACGUCAUAGCCAUCGGAACCUGCUGUAUGGAUGUGCGGAAGAAUGGUACCACGAACCUAGAAAGAGAAAAGUGGUUUAGCUGCGAGCGAUCGGGGAUCGGCAAGUACCAUUAUCGUUUGGUGAUUUAGCCACUAAAGUAGUAACUAGUGUACCGUCGAGUCGUAACAGAACAUUUGUAAAAGUACUGCGGUACGACGCGCAUACUUCUCCAUGAUCCAUUUUCGGCACCAGUUACAUUGGCACCUUUGAUUUGAAAAUAACUUUUUAAGGAUCCUAGUUUGUGUCGUCUAGCUUUUUUCUAAUUCAAGAUUUAAAAUGGCUUCAAUAGUGCAUCAAGCUAUAGAAAACUACAAUGAUUUAUUAUCUAGCGAAAAUGAUACCUUAGUCAACGAAUGGCCUUUAAUGCAAUCGCCAAUACCAGUAGUCCUAAUAGUGAUCCUAUACCUUUACUUUGUAUUAAAUGUUGGUCCGAAAUGGAUGGAGAAGAGGCCCGCCUUCAAACUCAAGUCAGUACUAAUAUUCUAUAACCUGUAUCAGGUGUUGUUCAGCGUGUGGUUGUGCGCUCACGCUUUUAAAGUGAAGAAUCUCGGACCCUAUAUUUUCAGUCACAUGUGUACGAGAUCACAAAAUCCUGAAUUAGAGAAAUUGAUUGUCAAGAGUGCCUGGUGGUAUUUCUUCUCAAAAAUAACAGAAUUACUAGAUACGAUAUUUUUUGUAUUAAGGAAGAAGCAAUCGCAAGUUUCGUUUUUGCACGUGUAUCACCAUUCGGUUAUGGUGAUUGGAACAUGGGCUUACCUAAAAUUCCUUCCAGGAGAACAAGGUUUGCUUAUAGGAUUUUUAAAUUCACUGGUCCACGUUGUCAUGUAUUUCUAUUACUUUUUGGCUGCACUAGGGCCACAAUAUCAGAAAUACUUGUGGUGGAAGAAGUACAUGACCUGGAUGCAACUUACUCAAUUUGGUAUUAUGUUGGUAUACCUGGCCUUUGGAGUAGCAGUAAACUGUGAGAUGCCAAGAGCGUGGACGUACUUCUUCACCACAAAUGUCGUAACGUUUAUGUUCCUGUUCUGGAACUAUUAUAGAAAAGCGUACAAAGGAAAUGUUACCGGAAAGCUGAGCCAAAAGACUGUUUCAAAUAUCAAUGGUGUCAAAAGUUCCAUUGAAGAGUUAUCGAGUAAUGGAGUUCAAAAAAACCAAUGUAGCGAAGAAUUACCAUCGACGGACGUAAACAAAAGAAUAUUUAGUGAUAAGAAGAAAGGCUAAGAUGUCUGAGCGUUAAAUUUAGAUUUUCCUACUAUAGAUUUUUCUAAUUGUUAUUUAUUAGAAUGUUCGAACUAUCUCAAGAUUUUUAUAAGAUCUGUAUUUUCCAGGGUUUAAUUUGUAACUUUGUUUUCUAGGGCAUUUGGUUUAUAAUUAUUUUAAAAUUUUGUGUUCGUAUCGUGUACAAUUAGAAUAAUUUAAAGAUACUGUUGAGGCCGAUGAACAUUUGUAAAUAUUUCUUUAGGCUAUGUUAAAUUGAUAUCUUAUAUGUGACAUUUGAAAAAAUAAAUGUUAAGUUAGUCAUUAAAAUAAGAAA